GAAGUAAACUGUUCCAAUUAGUGAAGUGUAAAUGUUAAUCCAUUCGUUCUAAUGAGAUUUAGUUACACUGCAGGUUCCAUAAAUCUGAAAUCUUCCGUUCAUUUAACUUUUUACAGCUAAGGAAAGAUAACGAAAUGUCGAAAUGGAACUAUUUACUAUUAUUGGUUUUCUUGAUGCCACGUAGCCAUUCCAAAGAAAACAGUACUACGCUGUUUGAUGCAACCGAGGAUCUUUUUUUCAAAAUUGGGCUGUAUCAGAACUCGCUGUACAAUCCAAAUCAAACUUGCCCGAAUAGUCCCCAAUUGGUUAAAGAAGCAAACGAUACGUAUACUAAUGCCAGUAAUUUACUGGAAGCAAUUCUGGAACAAUAUUUGUUUCUGAGGAAAACUUAUAAAAAUGUCUGCACAAUAAAAACAGGAACUAACAUAAAGGGAUCUUGAAUAUGUCAUUCAACAAAUAUAUUAAAA